UUCGGCCAUCUUGUUUUUGUAUGUAGAGAUUUUACGUGAUUUUCGUAGGAUUUCUUGCAAAAAAUACAGUAUUGUGGUGAUUUCUUUUAAUAUAACAAGUGCUCACGCCCAAUAAGGACGUUAAAGAAGAAGUACAGUCAUGGAGAUCGUCUAUGUAUAYACCAAGAAGCGCAGUGAGUUUGGAAGGCAAUGUAAUUUCUCWGACAGACAAGCUGAGCUUCAUGUCGACAUUUCACCAGACGAGAAAAUGUUGCAGGAUUACAUCGAGAAAAACCCAUGUGACACUGGUAUUCAGUGUGUGCAAGAGAUGUCAGAGCAUGAAGUAAAUACAGAAAGAUUUGAGACAGAUGUGAGAGGGAUUAAUCAUGUUGAAGGAGGAUGGCCAAAGGAUGUUAACCCUGCUGAAGUUGAACAAACCAUCAGAUACAGAAAGAAAGUYGAAAAAGAAGAAGUUUAUAUGAAUACUAUUCAACAGCUUGGGAAUAUAAUGGAACACUGCAUAAAACAGAACAAUGCUAUAGAUAUUUAUGAGGAGUACUUUGCUGAAGUUGAGGUUGAUACGACUGGAGAGCCACCAUCUGCAAAGACUAUCAAUGUUUUCAGAGACCCUAAUGACAUGAAAAGAACAGCAACAAGUUUAUCCUGGUAUCCUGAUGGAACACAGAAACUUGCAGUGUCCUACUCUAUACURGAGUUCCAGAAGUCCUCAGGGGACAUGUGUAUGGAUUCCUAUAUUUGGGAUAUUGAAAACCCCAACAAACCAGAGCUAGCUCUGAAACCUGUAUCUCCGCUUGUCUGCUUGGAGUACAACCCUAAAGAUCCGCAUAUCCUUGUGGGUGGCUGCUAUAAUGGCCAACUUGGAUUCUGGGACACUAGAAAAGGUUCCCAUCCAGUUGAAAUGACCAAGAUAGAAAAAAGUCACCGWGAUCCUCUUUACAAGACUCUGUUUCUUCAGUCCAAGACUGGUACAGAGUGUUUCUCUACAAGUACUGAUGGCCAGGUACUAUGGUGGGAUAUCCGCAAGCUWGGAGAACCAACAGAAACACUUGCACUCUGUCCAAAUAAGAAAGAUUCRCGUACACUUGGUGGGGUCGCUCUAGAGUAUGAGGUUACCAUGCCAACAAAGUUCAUGGUUGGGACAGAGCAAGGCUCAGUGCUGUCAUGCAACCGUAAAGCUAAGUCACCAUCAGAGAAGAUAGUGGCRACAUACUCCCAGCAUUAUGGACCGGUAUAUGCUGUCCAGCGAAAUCCUUUCUUCCCUAAAAAUUUCCUAACAAUUGGAGACUGGACAGCAAGGAUUUGGUCAGAAGACUUGAGAGAAUCCUCUAUUAUGUGGACCAAGCAAGACAUGUCAUACAUGACUGAUGGCUGCUGGAGUCCAACAAGACCAGCAGUGUUCUUUACCACAAAAAUGAAUGGUACAUUAGAUGUAUGGGACUAUCUGUUUAAACAGAAUGAACCAACACUUACUAUACAGGUAUGUGAUGAAUCGUUGAAUUCCAUCCGAGUCCAGGAUCAUGGUAGAUUGGUUGCCUGUGGUUCUCAUUCUGGUACUGUCACCCUUCUUGAGUUAUCUGAUGAUUUAAGUAACAUUCAGCGUAACGAGAAAUCCUCCGUAAACGCGAUGUUUGAGCGAGAAACCAAACGGGAAAAAAUUCUAGAGACAAGACACCGAGAAAUGAGACUGAAAGAGCGCUCCAAAAGCUCCCAGGACAAGGAGCAUGAGGAGAAACCAGAAGACGACGAAGAAGAAGACAUGGUUGCUAAAGCAGAAAAAGACUUUUUCUCGAUUGUAGAAACAGAGAAAAAAGCUCGUGAGGAAGCCGAGGCCAAAMGAGAGGCAGCCAUCUCCGAGGUGAAGAAAGGAAUCGCCCAGGAAGGCACAACACAUGAAGAAUAUCAAGAAAAUGGUGAACCAGAACAAAAAGAGAUUUCCGAAGAAGCUUCGUCAGAGCAGCCCGCUGAGUAAUUGUUMCCCGUAACAUGUUAGGGAAGGAAUUGCUACGUAAAUAUGCCGGUGUAAAUGAUGCAAGAAUAUAACUGCUGCGUUUUAUUUAUGUACAAAUAAUCGUCAGUUAUUAUUAACCUUUCUAGGUGUUCCUAAAAUUAUUUCUUUUUACAAAUAUAAAUAAAGUUUUGUAUAUAUCAAUC